GCAGCAGCACUAGCAAGUCGCAGCCGGCGGUAGUGUGUGUGUGGCUGUUGGCAAAGAGAUAGCGAACCUAGCGAAGGAAGGGUGGCCUUUUCCCCGUCAAAUCUAAUUUAUCUCCGGUCCAUGUGCUUUGCUGACUAAAAUGCUGAUCAAGGAAUUCCGUGUCACUCUUCCCCUGACCGUGGAAGAGUACCAGGUGGCACAACUUUACUCUGUCGCUGAGGCGAGUAAAAACAACACAGGAGGUGGAGAAGGAAUAGAAGUUUUGAAAAAUGAGCCGUUCACAGACUAUCCAUUGCUCGGAGGAAAAUAUUCUUCAGGGCAAUAUACGUAUAAAAUUUACCAUUUGGCAAGCAAAGUGCCAGCAUUCAUCCGUCUCUUGUUACCGAAAAACUCUCUGGAAAUACAUGAAGAAGCGUGGAAUGCGUAUCCCUACUGCAAAACAGUGAUAACUAACCCAGGAUACAUGAAGGAGAAUUUUAUUAUUAUGAUUGAAUCCUUCCACAUUGGAGAUGUAGGAAACCAGAACAAUGUGCACGAAUUACCUGCUGAUAAGUUGAAAAUUCGGGAAGUUGUUUACAUAGACAUAGCUAAUGAUCCAAUAGCUAGUGCCGAUUAUAAGGCAGAUGAAGAUCCGUCUACGUUCCAUUCAAAAAAGACAGGCCGAGGGCCGCUGGUUGGCAAGGACUGGAAAAAUAAUGUUCAGCCUGUAAUGACCUGUUACAAAUUAGUAACUUGUGAGUUUAAGUGGUUUGGUCUGCAGACCCGGGUUGAAAACUUCAUCCAGAAGGCAGAAAGACGUUUAUUUACCAAUUUCCAUCGACAAGUCUUCUGUUGGAUGGACCGUUGGUCAGGAUUAACAAUGGCAGACAUUAGGGCCAUUGAGGAUAAUACUAAAGAAGAAUUAGAUAGACAACGACACCAAGGCGAAGUACGAGGUAUGCGAGCUGAAGAUUGAGACAUUGGUGCUCAGUUAUGGAUAAGUUUAAACGAUUUCACUAUAAACACACAUAGGUAUAUACAGCUGUACUUGGUUUUUGCGACCAGGGCUGUUUCCAGAUUUUUUCUGUCUAGAAUACAGCAAUGCAUGUAUUAUUAUUAUUACCACCAUUUUAAUUUAUUUAUAUUUACAAGUGUUUUAGAUAGAUGUACCUAUUGUCAAAGAUUACUAUUAAUAAUAAUAUAAAAUAUUAAUUCUGGGGGGCUCUACUAAAGUAAUGAUUGUUUCAAAUGGGGUUUGAUGGCAAACAAUAUAGACAAUUAAACAACAACAACAAUAAUAAUAAUAAUACUAAAUAGCAUAGUAGCUGGAUAAUAUUAAUUCUAUACGUUCGUUAACAAGCAAUCAGCAAAAGCUUGUCUGAGUACAGGAUGCUCAAAAGUUGUAGCACUGUAUGAAAAUCGUAGUCAAAUAUUAAAAAAAAAAAAGAACCUGCCGCUUAGAAAACUGUCAGCCUAGUCCAUUUAUAGUAAUGAAACAAGUGUUCAAGGUAAAUUAAUCGUAAAACAAACAAAAAUGUAUACAAGUAAUGUUCUGCAUUCAACGCUCGUAAAACGAUGUGUGAGCAUGGCUCAAUAAAUACAGUUCUAGCAGCUUUUUAUCUAGUUUUUUCGAUUUUCAUCGACACUACGUCCGACAAUUCAUUUUGAACAGAAUAGAUUUGAAUAUUAAGAGCUUACUACUUUCAAUACCUACGUUUUAUAAUAGUGUGAACUCAUAUAAUUCCAUUUAAUUUUCCAAGUUUGGCCAUGCGAAACUGAUAUUAUGCCAUGACAAACGAAUACUAUGUUUCUACAUGAUAAUGGGUAUUCCUGAUGAGAUUUUUUUUAAUCCUAAAUAGUAUACUCCAGAGUUGACAGACAAUUAUUUUUUGUAUGUCUUGUUUUUGUUUUGAUGGAAUCAUCAAGUUGGGUACUUUUUACUUUAUCAUUUAUUUUUCUUUCAGUUAAAGCACAUCACACAUAUUUGAGUUCUAUUUUAAAAGCAUAGCCUUAGAUGAUUUUAUCUGUGAACUUAACAAUUUAUUAUUUCCUGCCAGACUUUGUUAUCAGCUUAGAUAUUUUGUAAUGUAAUAUCUAAAACUAUGAAAAAUUGUUCCAGAUUUGAAUGCAAAAAAUGAACAAUUUUCAAUAGAGUGACAAUAUUGAAAUUUAUCAUUUGCUUCUUCCAACGAUUGGUUUGUUCAUUACGAAAAUACCUUUAUCAACUGUUAUUUUGGAAAAUUUUGUACCGACUGAUUAUCUUCUUACAUUUGUUUUCAUACAUGAUUUCUCUCUUCGAUGUCUUGAGUAUAAUUGUAAUGCUGAUUAAAAGUGAUGAGCGCAAGCUUUUUGCAUUUUGCUAGGGUAAAUAGUUAAAUGUAUUUGCAGGCAUAUUUUUGGCAUUUGACUACGAUCCUAAAACGACAUUACCACUACCAAUUGUUUCUUGAAGGUAUAAAUAUGAAUUAUUCUAUGUAAACUAAACGAGUUGAGAUAUACUAUAUAUACACGUAUAUAUGUAUAUAUAUACAUAUAUAAAUAAUUUUAGCUGUCUGUCGAUAAAUGCUAUGGAAAUAACGAGGUGAUUGAAAUUUGGUCAGCAAUGGUCGAAUAAAGGAAGGGUGUACUGUACAUAAAAGAAAUUGCAGUGAAAUUCAAAAUAUUGUGACAUAGUGAUUUGCGCACAUUAGGAUUUUUCACAUUUAAAAAAUUUUUGAUUUUUCUAUGAGCGCAUGCAAAAAAUGCUUAAAAAUGGUCUAAAAAGAGGUCUCAGAAAGACUGAGCACUGUAGCACCAGUUUCAGGAUGUACGAAAACGGUUUUUC